CAUUGCGACCUGACCAGCAGGGCUUUCAGUGAGGCAAGGCACGUCAACCUGAAUGAGGCCGAGUCUCGUCUAUAGUAGCUGUUAUUACUGCAAGACUGGAACUACUCACCAACAUUAAAGACACGCACACUAUGGUGAAGCUUUAUCCCGCCUCAAAAGAAGGAGACGCAAACCUGUCGCUCUGAUAUCGACCUUUACCACCGGAAACCCGCUAGCUUUGGCUGCUAACGUCAGCUAGCUAAGUUAGCUGUUAACGUUACACGACGUUACCCUGGUUUUUUUCCACGCAACUGACCUCCACCACAACACUGGCGUACUGAAUAUCAUUUGCUUGCUAGGUUGGGGUCGUUUCCCCCUGUUUCUUCACGCCCGCUCCCGUCGUCCCCGUGUGGUGCCCCGUGGACGUUUCCCGAAUAUGAUACAUAAUGAGUCAAAGAGAUACCUUAGUUCAUCUUUUUGCUGGAGGAUGUGGGGGCACGGUAGGAGCCAUAUUGACUUGUCCACUGGAAGUUGUGAAGACCCGUCUGCAGUCGUCCUCCAUCACCCUCUAUGUGUCUGAGGUUCAGCUCAGUACUGUCAACGGGGCCAGUGUGGCCCGAGUGUCCCCGCCAGGCGCCCUGCACUUCCUCAAAUUGAUAUUGGAGAAAGAAGGACCUCGCUCUCUCUUCAGGGGCUUGGGGCCAAACUUGGUGGGCGUGGCACCUUCCAGAGCGAUCUACUUUGCUGCUUACUCCACUGCCAAAGAGAAACUGAACGGUGUGUUGGAACCCGACUCCACACAGGUACACAUGGUGUCGGCUGGAAUGGCAGGUUUUACAGCCAUCACAGCAACCAACCCAAUAUGGCUCAUAAAGACCCGUCUACAGCUGGAUGCUAGGAAUCGUGGUGAGUGCAGGAUGAGUGCGUUUGAGUGCAUGCGGCGGGUGUAUCAGACAGACGGGCUGAGAGGCUUCUACAGGGGUAUGUCUGCAUCCUACGCCGGUAUCUCAGAGACUGUGAUCCACUUUGUGAUCUAUGAAAACAUCAAACGGCGGCUCUUGGAAGCCAAGGCACCGCAGAACAUGGACGAGGAGGAGGACGCAUCCAAAGAUGCUUCAGACUUUGUGGGGAUGAUGCUUGCUGCUGCCACCUCCAAGACCUGUGCCACAUCUAUAGCUUAUCCUCAUGAGGUGAUUCGCACCAGGCUACGCGAGGAGGGCACCAAGUACAAGUCCUUCUUCCAGACUCUAACAACAGUGCCCAAAGAGGAGGGCUACCGCGCCCUGUACCGCGGCCUCACCACCCACCUGGUACGUCAGAUCCCCAACACCGCCAUCAUGAUGUGCACCUACGAGCUGGUGGUCUACCUCCUGAACGGUUAAAGUCUUCGCCCCACGUAGACAGUACGCGUAACCCUGCCCCUGUUCGGAGACGGAGAAAAAAAGAAUGAGAGCAACUGCACACCUGCUAGCAAAACAACCUGCUCGCCAGAAGAGGACAGAGACAGCACAGCAGCCUUUGUGUCAGUGACGCGGGUAGUUGUUAAAAAUAAGUUGGGAGUUUUGUUAUAUAACUAAAGGGUCUGGCACAAGGUGUGGGGGUCAAAAGGUUCCUCACAUUGGUUUGGGGAUCUGGGUUUAGCAGUGGCAAAAAAACGGUCACCCUCAUUUUAAUUCCAUCCUUUUCUCCCUUCGGUUCCAUGCGUUGCUCCCGGAAGCUCAGCUUCAGAGUGCUGAAGACAGAACCUGAGUUACAGUAUAUUCUGCCUCUAACAAUACUAAUAAUGAAAGACGUAUAGUAAUUCCAAUUCUCACUACCUAGUGGUUAUAAUGCCCCCUCCAACAGUAGACUUCACUGUCAUGCUGAUGAUUAGUUUAAAAAAUCUUUUAUUAGUAUCGUGCAGUAGUCCCUGCGUCCCUCAGAGUGCCACUACAGGACCAGAAUACAACGAUACAGUAGUGCGUUGUGGUAUCUGACGGGCGAUUCUCAAGUUAGUGAGAACAAGGAGAAAUCGGUGCUUGAGGCUUGUUGAGGUAGUGUAAAGGAAAAAGGGUGGAGAUAGGAGGUGAACGGGAGGCGUGCCUCGUGUGAAAAUGUGACAUCGACUGGGAUGCACAUUGGAGGAAGUGGAGCUCUGGCCGACCUGUCGCAACAAAGGGUGUCGAAACUUUGAGUCGUACACUUGCGUGAUUACAGGUGACCUUAGUGACCCUUUUACAUAUCGCGAACAUAGACACACUCACCCAAAGGUUUUCAGCAUUUCAGAUAACUGGUCGUGAUAUCCUCAUAAUGCGGGAAUUUCCAUGCGUUUACAUCUCUUUACACUAAAUACCUGCAUGAUUGAUAUCUGCUUGCUUAUUACAAGUAAAGUCCAUGUGACACUGACCCCUGAGCCUGGACGUGUUUGUGUUAGCCAUGUGUGACGAGUAAUCACUAAGGUUAGAUGGAGGGUAAAAAAAAGAGUCCCCAAACUAAACCAGGAUAUAAUCCACAAUACUGGAAUGUAAAUAAACAGGAGGAAUAACACAGAUCCAUGUUGUGAAUUUAAAAUACAUAUUAACGCAUUCUAAUAUUGAUAGAUAUGAUAAUAAUAAUAUAAUAAAAUACCUUCAUAACAUGAUUGUGUUGCAUUUGUCUGCCCAGUAAUGGCAACAUGCAGACAUUUUGUGCAUUUCCUUUAGAGGAGAGUUAGUUGAGUUUGUUACCUCAUCUCCAACAGCAGUGUUGUUCUUAAAUCACUUUCCAGUGUCUUUCUGUAGAAUCCUCAUCUCAUUCAGUUUUUUUCCCUCAGUUGGAGAAUCCAGGCUAGAUUUACAGGCGAGGACAAUCCUCUUGAGUUUACUCUGGAAACUUGUUUUACAGUUAAACCAGUGUGUGGAGGAGGCGGCCGGAAUAUGCUCUUCAUAAGCGCACAUUAAUUAAAUUUCUUAAACUGUAACUAUUUUGUUGAUUCCCACACCUUAUUCUGUUGUUGUUGUUGUUGUUUGAGAAAACAAAAUAACAGCAUUUCGAGCAGUAAAUAAAAAUAGCCUUUUUGUUGUUGUCAGUAUUUAAUGUGCUUUUGGAUGUCCUUGUCAUGGAAUGGAAAUGUUCUUGCUCUCUGCUUUGGAUACUGGACCUGUUUUGUUUUAGCAUUUUGUAUGUCAUGUUUGAAACAGUACAAAAGACAAAAGCAGUGUUGUCACCUCAUUUAUCUUAGUUACCUUAGUAGUAACUUUCUUUCUGUAAUCACAUGACUCUAGCCUGUUGAUAAGUGUGUGCAUUUUCACCACAACCUGCAAACUGAAAGGGCAUGGCUUGGCCCACGCUGCUAACGCAAAAGAACACCUCACUUUAACAGCGUGAGCUGUUGCCGUUAUCCUCCGGUGUAUUUUAACUCACACUGAUAACUUACCCAAACACUUCAUCGCUGAGUGGGGUAGCUUGCUGGUGUGUGUAAGCAUGAAGGAUGCAAUAGACUGGCCUCAUUGAGCAAUUUUUUUUAUCAGAUGUAUUAAUGUUCACACACAGUACGGUCAACACACUAUUGAUUUAGUGAGAGAGUCCAUGGGUGACUGUACGUUUGUGGUUGAUGAUGCUGGCUGCACUCCCAUGGCUUUUAAAAUGAGAUGGCUAGACAGUCUAUGCAGAUAGUGUGGGUUGAUUAUGCUUAUCUGAUGAAAGGGUCAGUUCACCCAAAUUCACACAACUAUUUGGGUAAAAUGACCCUUUAACUGUACGGUUAUAUGCGUUUCUUUCACUUGUAUCAUAUGAUGCAUUGUUACCUGCAUCCCAUGGUGAAUCUAUAGCACUCAUGUGUUUGCGUUGUGUGCCUGUACGUGUGUGUUUGUGUGUGUGUGCUUGCUUGAAUGAUGAGCGCAUUCAGUAGUGUCCUGUGUGUAAGAGACCAUAGGAGGAUGUAUGCACUGUAAACAGUGUUGUUUUUAUUGUUUUAAAUAAAAUGUUGCCUUUCCCUUACAUCCUUUGUUUUUGUUUUCCAUGUUGUCAUUGAUGAGCCAGCUGUGAGUGUGGCUCGGUCUAUGCAUUCUGUCGUACCUGUUUUUGUAAAAAUAAAAAGCCAAUAAAAUGAAGGAGUCCAGGUA